ACACUAACAAAGCCCCCUGGCGAGUUUCAGGACGACUACAACGGCAAGACGCGCACGCACUUUGUCAAGCGCAUUCUGACACUGACAAAUCGCGACCAGGGUAAGCUGCUGAAGUUCCGGCUGGCCGACGGACGCACCCAAGAGCGCCAGCAGGUGCGGCUGGUCAAGUGCAAGAAACUGUCCUACGUCUGGGACACGGACACCAGACGCUUCAUCAAGCUGUCCGGGCUGGAAAAUGGCAUCACGCGCGCCACGUUGCACAGCUUCAAGGGCCAGACGGUCGAGGAGCAGCAGCGCAAGCGCCGCGUCUACGGCAACAACGAAAUACGCACGCCCGAACAGACGGUUCUUCAGCUGCUGGUCCUGGAGGCGCUCACCCCCUUCUACAUGUUCCAGCUGUUCAGUCUGCUGGUGUGGGUGGCCGAACAGUAUUACUACUACGCAGUCGCCAUAGUGAUCAUGUCGGUGGUGGGGAUUGCCACCUCCAUUAUCCAGACCCGGAGG